AUAGUCGCCAGAAUCCCGACUGCAUUCUUUCCAUUACCCCACUCACUCGCGGUUUGAUGUACUAUUCCAGCUUCAUUACAUUUACACGUUUGCGGUCCGUCGCCUGAAUUACAGUACGCUUAUAUCCCAUGCUGCGGCCUUGGCAGUUUUGCUUCAUCGCACCCAUCUUAUUAUCCUCGGCGCGUGUAAUCUGAUGCAAGAGAACGCAUCACGCGGACGACGGACGGCGAAUACGACGUUUAAGGACUAGAUGCAUUCACGCUGAACGCCUCUGAGUACGUCGAGCGAGUAGUGUAACCAAGGCGUCGCGGAAUCUAAGAUCGAAAAUUGUUAAUCGGGUUACCAUCUGGCGACUUACAGAAGUGGUCUGGUUAAUCGGGUUACCGUCGUGGCCAUCUGACAUUCAAGAGUAACUAACGAGACGUGGUGAUCAGUCGAAAUGGUGGCGAAUUGGACACUCGCGGGUUGUUGCAACUCGCAGCAAGUGAUCUUCCUCGCCUGCUCCGGUGUCUACGCGCUCGUCAUCCUCGUCCUAUGGCGCACCAUUCUCCUGAUGCCCUUCAAGCUCAUCUCAGUGUACCUGCACGAGAUAGGCCAUGCCUCGGCAUGCGUCAUGACGGGAGGCAAGGUGGAGGGCAUCGAGGUGCACAUGGACGAGGGGGGCGUCACUCGCACUCGGGGCGGAUGGCAGUGGUGCAUUCUGCCCGCCGGAUACCUGGGCUCCUCCUUCUGGGGCAUGCUGCUGGUGCUGUGCGCCACCAACAAGUGGGCCACCCUCGUCAUCGCCAUCAUUCUCUGCAUCACUCUCGUCAUCACCCUCUUUCUCGCACAAAACAACACCCUCCGCUUCCUGUGCGUGGGCUUCCUCCUGCUCUUCGGGCUGCUCUUCUUCCUCCAAUACGGCAUCACCCAAUCGGUCAACCCCCUCAACCUCGCCAUCCUCUUUAUUGGCAUCAUGAACUGCCUCUUCUCUAUUUAUGAUAUUUACGACGACCUCAUCUCCCGGAGAGUCAACUCGAGCGAUGCUGAGGUGUUUGCCAAGACCUGCCCCUGUCCCUUCAACGGCGUUUGCUGGGGCGUGAUCUGGGGUGUCAUAUCUUUAUUUCUAGCAGGUGCAGCUGUCUAUCUGGGCCUCGUUAUUCUUGCAUGAGAAAGUCCCCCUUCCAACCUCAACCAAGUUGUGAAAGCCGGGCAAUACAAUUGAUGGGCGUUUUUCAAGUACAUACUAAAAGUGGAUUACCAGGUGGUUUGUGUUAGAAUACUAGAAUGAUUGAAAACAAGAGGGAACAAGAGAGAUAUAGUGUUGGGAUUGUACCCACUAAGAACAUACACCUAUCUAGCCUAUAACUUCUA